AUGACAAUUGAAGAUGAUGGAAUUGUUGGACCAGAUGGAUUGGAAAGUAAUUUUGAUUCACAAGCCUAUCUUUGGGAUUUUUAUCAAUGUAUUGAUGAUCCGGCAAUGCAAAUGAUGAUUAUGUUAUUACCGACAAUUGCUGAACGUAUCGAUUGUUAUGAUAAUCUUCUGGAUUUUGGUGCUGGACCAACUAUACAUGUUUCAGUUGUUUUUAGAAAUAAAGUAAACAAUCAAAUUUCAUCGUUCAAUAAAGUAGGAAAUUAUAUUUUAUCAUCUAUAAUUAGCAUAUCCAAUUAUCCGGAUAUAAACUUUUUGUUUCCUCCUCUAUUAUCCUAUAGGUAUUCCGGAUAA